AACAUGCCUGUUUGUAUUCGUAGAGAUAGAUGUUUCUAGCGCUUUUUGGUUGGCCCAGCUUCAAAACUUAAAACUAAUCUCUUCAAGAUUAGUUCAGUGUCGUAGCUUGCUGUCCGCGGUUAAGUCCCGUGAAAUGAUGAGAAGUGAGAUUCCAAAAAUCAUCCUGGCCAUCGCGCUACCUUUGGUUGGCGGAUGGAUCAACGGAUAUCUGACCAGGCCGGAGAUUGCUGGCUGGUACCAGGGUUUGAACUUGCCCUCGUUUCGACCUCCGAACUGGGUGUUUGCUCCAGUGUGGACAUCACUGUACAUCGGCAUGGGUUACGCUUCCUAUCUGGUGUGGAGAGACGGUGGAGGGUUCAACGGAAAGGCCAAAGGACCACUGAUCCUUUACGGAGUUCAGCUGGUCCUGAACUGGGCUUGGACGCCGAUCUUUUUCAAGCUGCACGAGCUCAAAUGGAGUUUCGUGGAAUCACUAGCCCUGGCCGGUGCGGUUGCCGCCACCGGAUUUGCAUUUUCCAAAAUUAACAAGAUUGCCGGAUACGUCUUCAUUCCGUACUUUGUGUGGUGUUCGUAUGCCUCGUUGCUGAACUUUGUGAUUUACAAGCACAAUCCUGAGCAAACUGCCACCAUCGAAGCGAUCACGGAAGGUAGCUGAAAAUUUCAACUCUUUAGAUUUCGAGCGCGCUUAAAGAACCUACUUUUCUAUAAACACAUCCAUUUAUUAGAGAUCUGUUAAGUUAUGAUUGUAUUUUACAUCUACAAUAAAUGCAUUGAAACGUA